GGGAGCGGCGGCGGCGCUGGCAGCAGGUUCCCGUGCUGGGCGAGAGCAGAUGGCGGCCCUGCUCCUCAUCUACCUGCCCCUCCUGCCGGGGCUGGCCGGCGCCUUCAACCUGGACACGGACAACGUGAUCAGCUGGAGCGGGGAGACGGGCAGCCUCUUCGGCUUCUCCCUGGCCAUGCACCGGCAGCUGCAGCCGCAGGAGAAACGGCUAUUGCUGGUUGGAGCUCCUCGGGAAAAGGCCUUUCCAGCCCAGCAGGCCAACAGAACGGGAGGACUGUACAGCUGUGACAUUGCAUCUCCAAAUACAAAUUGCAUGCGUGUCAGAUUUGAUGAGGAGACUGACCCAAAGAUGGAGAGUAAAGAAGACCAAUGGAUGGGUGUAACUGUCCAAAGUCAGGGGCCAGGAGGAAAUGUGGUGACAUGUGCGCAUCGCUAUGAAAAAAGGCAGUAUGUAAACACAGUGCAGGAAACCCGGGAUAUCAUUGGAAGGUGCUAUGUGCUGAGCCAGGACCUCACCAUUAAGGAUGAUAUGGAUAAUGGAGUAUGGAGUUUUUGUGAUGGUCGUUUAAGAGGCCAUGAGAAGUUUGGUUCCUGUCAGCAAGGUGUUGCUGCUACUUUUACUAGAGACUAUCAUUAUAUUGUGUUUGGUGCCCCAGGCACUUACAACUGGAAAGGGGUGGUCCGUGCAGAGCAAAAGAAUCAGACAUUUUAUGAUCUUGGUAUCUUUGAUGAUGGGCCUUACGAAGUUGGUGAUGAGAGCCGCCAGGAUAAGAAUCUAGUUCCUGUUCCAGCUAACAGUUAUUUAGGUUUCUCUUUGGACUCUGGUAAAGGAAUUGUCUCCCAAGAUGAGAUGACUUUUGUCUCCGGUGCCCCAAGAGCAAACCACAGUGGAGCAGUUGUUUUACUGAAAAAAGAAAAAAAUCAGAGAGCGCUUUCCCUGGAACACAUGUUUGAAGGAGAAGGGCUGGCCUCCUCUUUUGGCUAUGAUGUUGCUGUUGUGGACCUCAACAGUGAUGGCUGGCAGGACAUCGUUGUUGGGGCCCCACAGUACUUUGACAGAAGUGGGGAUAUUGGGGGUGCCGUGUAUGUCUACAUGAACCACCAAGGCAAAUGGGCAGGGGUGAAGCCUCUUCGCUUAAAUGGAACCACUGACUCCAUGUUUGGACUUGCAGUUGAAAAUGUUGGGGACAUUAAUCAGGAUGGAUAUCCAGAUAUUGCAGUAGGAGCUCCAUAUGAUGGUUUUGGCAAAGUAUACAUUUAUCAUGGAUCUGAGAAUGGAAUAAAUACAAAGCCGGCACAGAUUCUUGAUGGUGAAAAAACAAACACCAAUUUCUUUGGUUACUCUAUUGCUGGAAAUAUGGACCUGGAUAAAAAUUCCUACCCUGAUGUUGCUGUUGGUUCCCUGUCAGAUUCUGUAAAUGUGUACAGAUCUCGGCCUGUGAUAAGCAUUAGAAGAAACAUUACAGUACAGCCUGAUAGAAUUGAUCUAAAGAAAAAGAACCCUGAGGACCAUGGUGAAAUAAGGAUGGAUGUGAAAGCAUGUUUUAAAUAUACUGCAAACCCCAGAGAUUUAAAUCCAAGAAUAAAGAUCAGUUACACGUUUGAAGUGGAGAACGAGAGGCGGCAGCUGGGCCUGCCCUCCAGGGUGCGCUUCAGUGACCACUCGUCUGAUCAGUUCACUGCGAGUACAACCCUCAGGGGACAGAACUCAUGGGAGUGUGUGACUACAAAGCUUAUACUGCAGGAGAAAAUUAAAGAUAAGCUACGUCCCAUUCCAAUAUCAGUCAGUGUUAAAAUUGCUGGCCUGGAGUCACCAUCCAAGAGAAAAGAGAGUGCACUUCCAGAUCUUACGCCAAUUCUAAAUGCAAAUGAAUCUGAAACAGAGACCACAAAAGUGGAAUUCUUAAAAGAAGGAUGUGGAGAAGACAAUGAAUGUCACAGCAAUCUUAAGCUUCAGUACCGGUUUUGUACGAGAGAGGGAAAUGAAGACAGGUUUACUUAUUUACCACUUGAAAAGGGCAUGCCAGUGCUUGUUCUGAAAGACCAGAAGGAUAUUGCCCUGGAAAUAACAGUGACAAACAAUCCAUCUGAUCUGAAAAAGCCACAAAAAGAUGGUGAAGAUGCGUAUGAAGCUAAACUAAUUGCAACUUUUCCAGACAGUCUGACAUACUCUGCAUUCAGAGAGAUGAGGGGUUAUCCUGAAAAACAGCUAACGUGUGGUGCUAACCAAAAUGGUUCUCAAGCAGAGUGUGAACUUGGAAAUCCUUUCAAAAGGAAUUCUAAUGUAACCUUUUAUCUGAUCUUAAGUACCACUAAAGUUAAUGUUGAUACAACAGACUUAGACAUUAACUUGAAGCUGGAAACAACAAGCACUCAAGUUAAUUUGACUCCAAUUACAGCCAGUGCUAAAGUGGUUCUUGAAUUGCUUUUAUCACUCACUGGAGUUGCUAAGCCUUCUCAGGUAUAUUUUGGAGGUAACAUCAUUGGUGAGAGUGCUAUGAAAUCUGAAGAUGAUAUUGGAAAUCUCAUAGAGUAUGAAUUCAGAGUAACUAAUUUGGGCAGACCACUGAAAACAUUUGGCACUGCUUCCCUGGACAUCCAGUGGCCAAAAGAAAUUAGUAAUGGCAAAUGGCUGCUUUAUUUGAUGAAAAUAGACUCCAAAGGCUUGGAAAAAGUCUCCUGUCAACCUGAAAAUGAAAUCAACAGUUUGCAUGUUAUGGAAUCCCAUAACUCAAGAAGGAAGCGUGAAGUUGCAGAGAAGCAGAUUACAGACAGCCAGGCAUUUUCUUUAUUCUCAGAAAGAAAAUACAAGACCUUGAGCUGCAAUGCGAAUGCACGCUGUGUGGACAUAAAGUGUCCCCUGAAGGGUUUAGACAGCAAGGCAUCUAUUGUGCUGCGUUCCAGGCUGUGGAACAGUACCUUCUUAGAGGAAUACUCAAAAAUGAAUUACCUUGACAUUCUUGUUAGGGCUUCUAUCAGUGUUCCUGCUGCAGCCAAGAAUGUUAAACUCACAAAUGAAGUUGCUCAGGUGCGUGUUACUGUGUUUCCUGCAAAACCAGUAGCCCUUUAUACAGGAGUUCCGUGGUGGAUCAUCGCGGUGGCUAUCCUUGCUGGAAUACUCAUGCUUGCACUGUUGGUAUUCGUACUAUGGAAGUGCGGGUUCUUCCGGCGUUCCAGGUACGAAGACAGUGUCCCCCGAUAUCACGCUGUAAGAAUUCGAAAAGAGGAGCGACAGAUCAAAGAUGGGAAAAGCCAAGACCUUGAGACAAAACAGUGGUACACCAAAUGGAAUGAAAAUGAAAGUUAUUCUUAGGCAAAAAUGUUGCUUAUCCACAAAGUUCAGACAGAGGUUGAGGUUCUCGUUCAUGGAAUACUGAUGGAGUUAGACCUGUGAACACUAUGGACAUUCACCAUUUGAUUGUAGAUAUUACUACUUCUAUUGAGGCUUUUAUUUGCACAGUUAAAAUGGCUUCAACAGAAUUUAUUUGCCUUAUUUAAUUGCUUCUUCAUCCCCCUUAAAUCUAACACACACUUUAGAAAAUACUGUGCUGAUUUGGGGUCUUUUCUGCAAAAUAAGCAAAACCACUACAGCAGACCUUUUGAUCCUCCUGUGAUCUUGACUUUAUUCCUAGUUAUUUAAGGAAUACAUGAUUAAGGUCAAGACAAGUUCUCCAUUGUUCCCUCAAUGCACAGUGCUUUAUAAACACACAGUGGCCUUAUCAUACUUUGUUCAAGUAUAACUGAAGACCUGCAAGUCUGCUUUAGUCAUAACCUUUGCCUGCUGCAGUAGUUAGGGCUUAACAAAAAGCAUCAUCUUAAAUUACAUGUGCAACAGGUCAUGUUGCUUGAUUUUGGGCUCUUCUUAUUUUAAGAUCAGAUUGUGGGAUUCUUGCUCACAACAAAUAUACACAGGUUUUUUUUUAAGAGAGGCUUGAAUAUUAGAUGUACUUUCUGUAUAUAAAUAUUUUAGUCAUUUUUGUAUUUAUUUUUAUUAUAAAUCAUUGUCUUUGACUAACUGGUAGGCCAAAGACUACUGAAUUUUUAAAUCCACUGUUCUGGUUUUUGUGUUUCUGGUUUUGAACUUCAAAUUAUGAGGCCUGAGGCUUUCACUGCAUUUUAAUAAAUCACUGAAGGUGACAAUGCUAUCUAAAAUGUAAAUAUUUAUGGAAAUGAUGUGUAUGGGUGCUUUCUUUUCCUGAUGCUUGUAACAUCAGGUCCUGUAACAUGAUUUAUGUAUUACUGUGGACUGUUUAACAAUUUGGACAUCAAGUUGAAGUAAUGUUUUAGAUAUCAUUUUAUACUCAUUGCAGGAAACUGAAAAGUCCUUUGGAAACCUCAUUCCGGCUUCAUAAGGACUUCCUGGUUGGCAAAAGGCAUUGACUACUGCAACUGUUGUGUAGCACUUGAAGGAGGCUGUAGGUGCCUUACUUACCUUAACUGUUGGGAUCUGAGCUGAUCCUCGUUGAGACUACUGAAUCAUCUUGAAUACCUGAAUGUUGAUAAAAGUAGAACAUUGGUAUUAGUAAUCUGGUUAUUGUAACAUAACUGAGAAAAUGAUUAAAAGAGUUUACUUUUUUACCCAUAUUCUAAAGCCUUGGUACUAUUUAAGAACAAAGAUUUAGCUCACAGUUGUGUAUUCCUUGUGAAACAAAAUCCUGCUCAAAAGGUAUGCAUGUGAAUUGCUUGUAAUAUGAACUAUGCAAAAACCUCUUGGUACUUUUUCCCCUCAUAGGGUAAAAACCUGCUAGGAGGGCAGUUGUCAAGUAUCUUUACUGCUAACUCUGAAUGUACCUUCUUGGAAGGUGUGGUCUCCUAAAAAGUUAACUUUAGUGUUAAGAAAGAUAAGUCUAUUAAACUAGAUAAUCUCAGUAUGUUAUCACCCUGACAUUAUGAAUGCUCACAUAUUAAUUCAGAUGUUCCCCAAUUUUUGAGCUUCUAGAAUCCUAGCUUAUUUGCUUAAAGGCUCAGCAGCAUCAGAAGCCAGGCUAAUCCGGGGCUAAGAAGCUUGAGAAAUACCCCUGAAUAUAAAACCAGAUUGUGACCCUCACCUAAGAACAUGAAUCUCUUUUAAAGUUUUAAAGUUCUUGAAAAAUAAGUCAUGUCACUGGUAUAGUUUUAUCUCAAACUUUUGUUAAACCAGCUAAGAAUGCUGCAUCAUUCCAUGAUUAUAAAUUACCUGUGGAUAUUUGUAUAGAAGUGUGAAAUAAAUUUUUUU